AUGAGAGGAGCAGUUCUGGUAGCGGCGGCGGCCGCCAUUGGUAACAUGUUGCAAGGUUGGGACAACGCCACUAUUGCAGGAUCCGUAUUGUACAUAAAAAAAGAAUUCCACUUGGAGACCCAGCCAACGAUCGAAGGGCUAAUCGUGGCGACAUCGCUAAUCGGCGCGACGGCCAUCACCACAUUUUCCGGGCCGGUGUGCGACUGGCUCGGCCGCCGCCCGAUGCUCAUAAUAUCAUCGAUUCUCUACUUCCUAAGCGGCCUAGUAAUGUUUUGGGCCCCCAAUGUCUACAUUCUUCUGAUGGCCCGGCUUCUAGAUGGUUUCGGAAUCGGGCUCGCCGUGACGCUCGUUCCGGUGUACAUAUCGGAGACGGCGCCGCCGGAAAUUCGGGGGCUGCUGAACACCCUGCCGCAGUUCACCGGGUGCGUUGGAAUGUUCUUGGCCUAUUGCAUGGUAUUCUCCAUGUCGAUGUCGCCGGCGCCGAGCUGGAGGCUGAUGCUCGGAGUUUUGUCGUUUCCGUCGAUGAUUUACUUCCUUUUGGCGGUGUUUUUCUUGCCGGAGUCGCCACGCUGGCUCGUUAGUAAGGGGAGGAUGAAGGAGGCUAAGGCUAUUUUGCAGAAUAUACGUGGGAGAGAAGAUGUUUCAGGUGAAAUGGCGUUACUGGUGGAAGGUCUGGACGUCGGCGGCGAAACGUCGGUGGAAGAAUACAUAAUCAGUCCCGACAACGACCUCGCCCAAGAACACGUCGUCGAGAAAGACCACAUCAAACUGUACGGCGCCGAGGAAGGUCAGUCGUGGAUCGCGAAGCCGGUCACCGGCGGCAGCACUCUCGGCAUGGUUUCCCGCCACGGCAGCGUCGCAAAUCGGAGCAUGUUAAUGGACCCAACGGUGGCGCUCUUCGGCAGCGUCCACGAGAAGCUGCCGGAGAUGGGGAGCAUGAGGAGCAUGCUCUUCUCCAACUUCGGCAGCAUGCUCAACGCCGGCGACGCGCCGCCGCCGCCGCGGAACGAGCACUGGGACGAGGAGAACCUCCAGAGAGACGCCGACCACGCGUCGGAUUCCGGCGGGGAUUCCGACGAAAAUAUAAGGAGUCCGUUGCUGUCACGUGACGACACGUACGCUGAGAGGGACGGCGCCGGGGAGCACAUCGGCGGCGUGGGGAUCGGCGGCGGCUGGCAGCUGGCGUACAGGAAGGACGAGAAGAGCUCGAGUUUGAAGAGGAUUUACCUGCACCAGGAGGGACUCGGCUCGCGGCGCGGCUCGAUGGUCGGUGAAGCUGGCGGCGCCGCGGCGGCUGAGAGUGAAUACGUCCACGCCGCGGCUCUGGUGAGCCGGUCUGUUCUUGAUGUAGGUGACGUCACGGGGCAUCAUCAGAUGUCAGCGAUGGGAAUAGCGGCCAGUGCGACUGAGAAAAAACCGGACCGGGUCAAGGACGGGCCGAGUUGGAGCGAUCUUUUUGAACCGGGAGUCAAACAUGCUUUGGUCGUCGGAGUAGGAAUUCAAAUUCUUCAACAGUUUUCGGGCAUCAACGGAGUUCUAUACUAUACUCCUCAAAUUCUCGAGCAAGCCGGGGUCGGAAUUUUAUUAAAAAAUCUCGGCCUUGGCUCCGACUCAGCGUCUCUUCUCAUCAGCGCUCUCACUACACUACUGAUGCUUCCGAGCAUCGGCAUUGCCAUGAGGCUAAUGGAUAUAGCCGGCAGAAGGUGGCUCUUGUUGUCAACUCUACCUAUUUUAUUGUUAUCCCUAAUCAUGUUGAUCAUCGGAAACAUAGUCAACCUCGGCUCUAUGUUACAUGCCAUCAUUUCAACAAUUAGCGUAAUCGUAUACUUCUGUUGUUUCGUGAUGGGUUUUGGACCAAUCCCAAACAUCCUCUGCUCGGAGAUUUUCCCAACCCGUGUCCGAGGAAUAUGUAUCGCAAUAUGCGCUCUUACAUUUUGGAUCGGUGACAUUAUCGUGACAUAUUCUCUCCCCGUGAUGCUAAGCUCUAUUGGCUUGGCCGGCGUCUUCGCAAUGUACGCCGUUGUCUGUACUGUGGCGUGGUUCUUCGUGUUCUUCCGUGUCCCGGAAACUAAGGGGAUGCCUCUAGAAGUCAUUACUGAAUUCUUUGCUAUGGGCGCAAAGCAAAAUAUGAGGGAGGAUUGAUAGUUAGGGGGUAAUAAUUUUGUUGAUAUUAUUAGAAGAGAAUAUUUGAAUAAUUUGUUACAUUAGUUUCAAUUCCAAGUUUCUGUUUUCUCUAAAUUUUUAGUUAUCGCUAUUUUAUUACU